CAGGCGUGAUGUUGCACGUGGAGAUGUUGACGCUGGUGUUUCUGGUGCUCUGGAUGUGCGUGUUCAGCCAGGACCCGGGCUCCAAGGCCGUCGCCGACCGCUACGCUGUGUACUGGAACAGCAGCAACCCCAGAUUCCAGAGGGGUGACUACCACAUAGACGUGUGUAUCAAUGACUACCUGGACGUCUUCUGCCCUCACUAUGAGGACUCCGUUCCGGAAGACAAGACGGAGCGCUACAUCCUGUACAUGGUGAACUUCGAUGGCUACAGUGCCUGUGACCACACUUCCAAAGGGUUCAAGCGAUGGGAAUGUAACCGGCCUCACUCUCCAAAUGGACCACUGAAGUUCUCUGAAAAAUUCCAGCUCUUCACUCCCUUUUCUCUAGGAUUUGAAUUCAGGCCGGGCCGAGAGUAUUUCUACAUCUCCUCUGCAAUCCCAGACAACGGAAGAAGGUCCUGUCUAAAGCUCAAAGUCUUUGUGAGACCAACAAAUAGCUGUAUGAAAACUAUAGGUGUUCAUGAUCGUGUUUUCGAUGUUAACGACAAAGUAGAAAAUUCAUUAGAACCAGCAGAUGACACCGAACAUGAGUCAGCCGAGCCAUCCCGCGGCGAGAAUGCAGCACAGACACCAAGGAUCCCCAGCCGCCUUUUGGCAAUCCUACUGUUCCUCCUGGCGAUGCUUUUGACAUUAUAGCACAGUCUCCUCCCGUCACCUGUCACAGAAAACAUCAGGGUCUUGGAACACCAGAGAUCCACCUAACUGCUCAUCCUGAGAAGGGACUUCGUACUGGGUUUUGGCAGAUGUCAGAUUUUUCUUUUCUUUCUUCCAGCCUGAAUUCUAAGCAACAACUUGGGGCUGGGGGGCGGGGGCUAAACUAGUCACUGCCUCCCUCACCCCACCCCCAGCCCUUGCCCUUGACUUCUCUCUCCCCUCCCAAAUUAAAUGGACUCCAGAUAAAAACGCCAAAUUGUCGUAGUGACACCAGUGGUUUGUCAGCUCCUGUGCACCCCCUCUGAGAGCGCACCUCCGUUAGCGCACUGUGUCAGCUGUGUGUGGACAGGAAGAGUGGCGGCAGGUGCAGCCAGCCAUGGCCGGGCCUGGGAGAGCUUCGCUCUCCUGUAUAAUAUUUACGCCUUCUCAUUCAGAGCUGUAAGAUGAUCGCACAGGGCAUCGUGUCACCACGGCAGGUCCAGAGGGGAGGUAUUAAGAAUAGCUAUGAUAUUACACCAUUUCCUCUAGGAGUGUAUAAAUGAACAGGCUUCUAAAAGUUUGAGACACUAGGUUUUUUUCACAUGACUGUCUUAAAGCAUUCUUGACAGCAAAACUUGUGCUCUGUAAAAGAAGCCUUUUUUUUUUUUUUUUUUUUUUCAGAAGGCAGGUCGGGUACAGAGCGCCAACACAGAACAAGUGUGGGGACAGAGAAAACUACGUGUCUGGUGGGGUGUGUAUGUGUGAGUGCCUCUAAUUUCCUUUUGGUGACUGGGCAGUGCACAGCAGAUUUUUUUUUUCUUUGAAUACAGAUCACCAUGGUGCUACAACUUUUUUUUUUUUUUUUAGAAACUCAAAGAGGCAUUUUUAUGAAUAAAGUGACCUUCCCCAAGGCUGACAAGCCAGGGUUGAUGAGUGCAUAGUGGAAUAGCUUUGGAUGCUCCUCUGGGGGACAAUAUGCACCACGGACAGGAUCUCGGUGGCCAGAGGAGACAUGGUUUGGCUUUGCUGGAGCGCCAGUGUGCUGUGGCCUUUCCCCGACUCCCACCCUCCUACCUACGUUUUUCUUCUCGCUCCACGACUUCAGGGGCUCAGACACAAACCCCUGUCCCCAGGAGAGUCAGUCAGCACUACUUGGGAGGGCGAAAGGGAAAUUUGGAAAUAAAAUUCCAAAGUUUGGAAUAAAAAACUUCAAGUGUUGAUUUUAUAUUCUUCCCCUCUCUGACACAGCCUACAGCUUGGGGGGAACGUGUGUUUAUCUAUGGCAGAUAAACAGGAUGGAGCCCCAAAGACUUUAACAAAAUAUUUUUUUAAAAAUCCACUAGAAUAGAAAAUACAUUAUUUAGAUAUACUUUAUGCUGAGAGUGAGUAUAUAUGCUUGUCCUAUUUAAACUUGUGAGAAAAAGUGGUAUCCGUGGAUACAUUUAGAAAUAUGGGGGGGCUAUCUUGUUUCAUUGUUGGGGUGGGGACAGAGGUGAAACAGAGCAGGGUGACCCGGGUUGAGGAAUCUUAGCAUGGCCAACAGGGGACUUCUCCAGUCGAUUACUAGGAAAUGCAAGCCCUGGGGGUUCUGCUGGUGGUGGGGCUGUCAAGAACUUUAAAAUCCUAAGCCUAGACAGGGCACAGGGUUAGACCCAUGGAAAAGCAAUCUAGCCUUUUUUUGCUAUUGCAGAACAUGUUGAUAGAAACCAUGCCUUUAAAAAUAAAUAAAUAACUAAAUGUGAUGACCGUGAAAUGUGAAAAAUCAAAAGCAUUCCGGCAACCUAAGGGUUUUCUAUAUAUUUGUUUUUUAAGAUGUAUAUGUUUAAAAACAAACCAAAAAAAAACAAAAAGAUAAGGAGUCACAUUAUGGACCGACUUCAUUGAAUGGGAAUUUGCUUGGAGCUGUGUGCAGUUCUGAAUUAGAAAACUGUGUGAAUGGAAGGCAGCUGUAACCUGCACACCGGACAGCUGUACACAUGUGGAAAUCUAGUCUGGGCUCACCUGAUCCAUUGGGAGUGGAGGUGACUGCUGGGUCUGCUCUCAUGGGCAACCCUGUGCGUGGGGUUGCCGGCCAGGCAGGUACAAUCCAUGAGAUUCCCCCAACAUCAGGAUCUUGUCUGGAGUGACAGAGUCUUAUCACAGAAGGAAACCACCAUUUCAUUGAAAGAAAAGUUCACAGCGUUUGAUUCCUUUCUCCUUUAAUGAUUGAUAUGCUCAAUACUCUCAAUAUUAUCCAGGAAUACUUGUUUUUAUUAAGAGUGACAGGCCUGUUGGUCCUGUGGGAUUGGAGUUGGGGGAAUAAAGAUACCUUCUAAAAUGGGUCAGUAGUCAGCACCAAAACAAUCCUGCAUGUUCUAUAACCACAAGGACAUCAAGUGAUCCUGUGGUGAGUUUGGUUAGUCAUAAUACAUUAGCAGUGCUAAUUUCAUUUUAGAAAUGAUGACUUCUGUGGUUUUGCUACCAUUUGUCUCUAACAAAUGAUGAAAUAACUACUCGUGGCCCUCUCCACCCUUGUCUUUUAGACCCCUUUACUUCACCACUAUGCCCCUGCAAAUUAAGUAAAAAAAGAAACUAGCGAGACUGUCCACACAGCAGACGGUAUGCUUCUCCUCCUGUAAGUGACUUGUGAUCAUGGCCAAGGCACUCGCCGUGGAGUUUUCAAAAAGAUGAUUGGUGUCAGACUGUUUUCAUUGUGUUUAAAAAGUGUUGGUGGCCUUGUGUGCUGGUGUUACAAUUCUCUGGGGGGCUUAGGAGGAUGUUGAAGCAACUUCGCAGCAGCUUUUAAUUUCAAAAACAAUUCAAAAGUUUAAAGGGCGGCCACAGCUGCCCCUCAGCCCCAGUUAGUCAAACCCCAGUGACCUUGCCCCUGGUGGCCAAGGGCUUUGCGACAAGAAGCAGGGAAAUAAGGAUCUGUCUGUUUAGCGGAUACUGUGUAUCCUUUAAUAGACCAGGUAACAGUUGGUGUUAGAUUAGGCUAUUGUUUUGUACUGUACUUUCUAGGGUGGCAAAAGAAAGAAAAGUAAAACGUUAAAAAAAAAAACUACGUUCUUUAAAUUCUGUAUUAUUAGCAACCUCUGUUGUAUAUAGUGUUUGAUAAUAAAGUAUUAAUUUGAUUCUUAUGUCUUUUGUAAGUGAGAACAAUAGACUUUCAGGAUACAAAACAUGCAUUGAGGCUUUGAAACAUCAGUGUGUGCUGUGGCUGAGAAGAGUCACAGAUGGGACUCGUGUGUGGUCAUCGCCCACCCAAUCUUGUGACUCCAUCAUCUUGGGACCUGGAACAACAGGACGCUUUUGAUCAACAUUUUGCCCUCCGUGUUUUCAAGGUCUGAUGUUGGAGCCCUGUGGCCCCUCCCGCCUCCCCCAGCAUGUUGUUGUGAAAGGAUUAGGGAAUUUAAGAACGGUUCUCGCCUUUGGUUUGGUUUUAGUCUGUGAUGGUUUCCAUGGACUGUGUUGUUUUGUCCCGGGAAGAGUCUGAGCCGCACCACGUGUAGCUCACGCAUGGGAACGGUUGCAGACCAGUCAGCUUCGGAAGGCUAACCGGGGCCGUUCCCCUCUCUGUGUCGUUGUGAAAGGAAGAGUCACACAGUAGCUGUGGGUUUUCAGGGACUCCGUGUGUCCCCUGUGCCUUAGCAACGGCAGCAGCCAUGUUUAUUAGUUUCAGAUGAUUAAAAAACAAAACAAAACUAUUGUAACCCCCUCCUGCCAUCCGUCGCUCUCAGAGUUGUGGUCACUAGCUUUUCUUUGGAAAACCACCUCCACCAACACCCCCGUUUCCUCACACCCCCCUUUUACUUUUGAUGUUUGUCUCUUGCCUUCCUCCCACGUUCUCUUUUUCCCUCGGAGCCGUGAAUGGGCAGAUCUGUCUCUGGUUUGGCAUCACUGAGUUUUUCCCAUGCCUUGGCCCCAGGGCUGCUCAGAUGUGAGACCAAUCUCCCUACGAUGGGCCCGCUCCCAUUGUCUGUACAGUGAAAUAGAUGCCGGCGUGCCGGAGGUGCCCAUGAGUCAAAGUCCACUUUCCAUGCUUCCUCGUGACACCCCCAUUGAAGCCACUCACUGUGUGUGCGUCCGGGUGUGGAGUCCAGCCCCAUGUGGCCCCCGUGUGCCGCUCUGCCUGCAGUCCCUCUGCACUUACUCAUCCCGUGCUGUUUGAAAUGCUGACAUUAUAUAAACGUAAAAGAAAAUGUAAAAAAAAAAACCCCACACACACAAACCCAUCCGAUCUGUAUUUGUAUAUACACGUGUCCGUACAAGUAUACCUAAAUAAAAAUGAAAGAUUUUCAUCAUUUUAAUGGGA